AUGUUGGGAAUUCGAACGGCUGUGAUUUCGGCGCCCACGUGGUUAUUUUGAGGCGCGUGCGCAUUGCACCGAGGUGCCGUGCGAUUUCGUGCAGCACGGCAGCUGUGCGAGUUGUUGCGUCUGAAAUUCAUAAAUACACAUCGAAACGACACAAGGACUUGUGCAAAACGAAAAUGUCGUCGGGCCUGUCGUCCCGUCUCAAGCACCCCAAGAAGCACGAGUUGGUCAAGUCGCACAGCCAAGCACAGAUUUUGGCCAACAAAUUAAGACAAGACGGAGUUUUAACUACAGUUGAGAAUGUGCUGCAAGCUGUGGACCAGGUUGCUCAUCUUCUGGCGGCCAACGUUGUUGACAACAGCAUAUCCUACAAGGACAGUGUCAUCAACUUGUGUCAACACUUGAAAGUGUACGGGGCGUAUUUGGAGAUCUUGUACAAGGAACAAUUGGAUCAUGCAUUCAAAAUAUUCAGGGACAAGGCCCAAGACGACCAGCGAGUCGAUAUGCUUUCCAGAUUGCAUCUGUUAGAACUCAUCGAGUUGAGGGCCAAAGGAUGGAAAGGCACAGAUGGAAUGAAUCUCUAUUACAGGAAGAAGAUCAAUCAAUGUUCUCAGAUCGACAUGUCGGAUUCGGCGACAAGUUUGAAUGAAUCGAUGAGUUCGAUGAUCAUGUCAGCGUCUCCGCCACUUUUGGGUCCAGGUGAAAUAAUCAAGCCUUCGGGAAAGUUUGCGAAACCGACCAGAAUUCCAGGCAAAAAAUAUUGUAAAGACGAAGUCGUUAUUCGAAAUGCCGAUUCCGGAAAAGUGAUGGGUAUCAAAGGCAGACGAGUGCACAUGAUUGAGGAAUUAAGCGAGACGAUUAUCUCGUUUCAGAGAGUGAAUCCCGGAGCCAAGGAGCGUCUCGUGCAAAUCACCGGAGCCAACGAGGAGAGCAUAAAUCAUGCGAAGCAGCUGAUCGAAGACACGAUAAGAAGGAACGCUUCCCCGGUCCGCGAGCACGGAAUGGGUGUUGGAGGCGUGGUCGGAGGUCCACUCACUGGUUCCAGCUCCAGCGUGAAUUCCUCUGCGUCCGACGAGAGUCCCACGAUGCCGGCGUCGGCUUUGGCGUCGGGACGGGCGUCGCGCGCCCUGAUGCACAGCUUGAGCACCAACGACGCGAACAUCGGCGAAUACAAGUACACCGUCACCACCGGAAGCGGCUCCGUCAAAAUCACAGGCAACAACCUCGAUUUAGUCAUGACGAGUAAAUUGGUCCUGGAAGAGUACUUUUCCGGCGAACCGAUCCACGACGUGGCUCAGUUUUACAGUUUCGACAGUCUUCCGCAGCCAAUUGUCGCGAACGAUGUUGACGAGGGGGCGCCCUUGUCGCCGCCCGAAUCACUGCCGUCGCCCCAACCGGUCGUCGCCAACGGUCAGAACAACAACAACAACAACAACAACAACAACGAUGUCGACGACGCACCAGAUAAGCCGGUGUUGCGUAAGCCUCGCUUGUCGUUGGAGGAGAUAAUAAAAGGGAGAACGACGCCGCCGCCGCCGCCGUCGCCGUCCAGUCGAGCGAGCGCCGAAAAGUUGCUGGCCUAUUCGAUAGAGUUUCUGGCGCAACUCGCCAUGAGUCCCUUCUGUUUGGCCCAACCGCAAGAUUGGGAACGGAUCGCCAACGAAUAUCCCAACCUGGUCCGAAAGGUGGUGGAGUGUUUCGACGCGAAGCAGUAUCUGUCGAAUCGCACAGGCGAGCCCAGUUCGGUGCUGAGCGCAGAAGAAGCGGACAAAUUGGAGAUCUGACGAGGCGUCCCAUCGCCACAGUCGUCGACGUCGUCGUCGUCGUCGUCGUCGUCGUCGUCGUCGUCGUCGACGCUAAAUUCUGACCUUGCGUCAUAACUGAUAUUACUACUCAAUCUCAAUUUCAUUCAAGUAGACUGUUUUUACUUUAUUUUCAUUACCAAUUGCGCUUCAUCGAUUGGUACGAUGCGUCCAUUGAAUUUCUCUGUCUCUUCUCUUCAUUUCUAUUUAUCAUAGUUUAGCCAUGGUUGUUUGAAAGUUUAAAAACGAUGUUGAACGCAAUUAUUUAUAACCAUUUUAUAAAAUGCGAAAAAAAAUAAUAGUUAAUGUGACUGACUUUACUAAUCUAUUUUUAGAAUAAUUUAUUUAUUUAUUGUUGUUAAAAAAAUAUCUUUUCUAAAUAUUAUACAUUUAUGCAUGUACACCAUUACAAGUUACAUGUAUGAUAUUAUUAUCGUGAUAUACAUAUUGAUAUUCUCUCGAAUCUGACGUAUUUUUUUACGCGGGAAAAAUAUGCUCAGUCUCACCGCAUGCAAUAAAAAGUAAGUUAUUUAUUGUUAGAGAGCAACGAACACAAUCUCCGAAUUCGGACAAUUUUCCGAUUGUGUACAGUUAAUAGCAGCUCUUCUUAUCCAAGUAUUUAACAUUCGACGCUUUUAAGUGUGGCCAUGCUAUUCAAAGAGAGGGCACAUUUGAAGGCGUCGACGCAGCUCCUCGUAUUUCUAAUAGGUAAGACUAAAAAGUAAUCCUUACAAAAGCGUAGUGGUAUUCAAUUAGAUAGUCAUGUUUAAGAUUUCUCGUUUUGUUUUUGUUUAGUUUACUUAUUGUUUCCUUAUCAAAACAUGUUGUUUAUGUUCGUAUGUUUUAUUUUUGUUUAAUGACUUUAAUAUAAUAUCAAUAAAAAUGAUUGUUAACUUAA